AUGCCUGGCGGUGGGGAGGGGGUGAUCCACGGCAUGGUGAAGUGCAAGGGGGUGACCACCCUUAACAACUGCGUUCCCUACGGUGGCCACCUCGAGAGCGAGAUCUCGCGCAAGCUUUUGCUGAGUUUGGCGCCCGUUCACGUCUUGAGGAGCGCGUCAAAGGUGUUUUUGCCGGUCCGCUUCACCACUGUGAAGGAGGUGCCGGUCGAGACGUUGGUGGUCGGCCUUCACAGUGGCGAGAUCCCACGGUGGCUGAGCAACUCCUUUCCUAACUUUAACGUGAAUGUGGUGGAGGAGGAUGGAACGUUGGUGGGAAUUUGCCGCCGCUUCCUUGGGUUUCGCGAAUCGAGCAACCUCAGUCUUCGUAUUGGGAACCCCAUCGAUUACCUGCGCAGCCUGGCAGCUAACCUGGUGGCAGAGCAUGGGGGAGCCGGUGGUAAGAUUGACAAGCGCUAUGACCUCGUGCUUAUCGAUGCAGUCGACGGGGCUGGGCAGCUGAGCACGCAAUUCGGCCACCUCGAGGCGCUUAACAACCUCCGAAACUGCAUGAGCAACAACGGAUGCGUUGCUAUCACGUUACCGAACAAAAACGCGUCUUUUCUCUACAACAUGGUUCAAAACUGGCGGAUGGGAUUCGCGGGGAGGCCGGUGGUGUUGAUCCACUGUUACACCGCGCCCUACACGAUUCUGAUGACGUUUCAGGAUGAUGCAGCUCGCGGGAUGGCAAACAUUGGUAGCGUCGCAAACGUGAGGGAAUUCCAGGAUCUGCUCCGCGCACAUCUUAAGCACUACGGGCAGGAUCGUGUGCCGUUCGACUUCACAAAUGAGAUCCACGAAGAUAACUUUAAGGUGCUGAUGCCCGGGGAGCGGUAUGACACGGCUGCGUUUUUGCCUCGUGGGCAUCCAGAACUCGCCCAGCCCGUGGGCGGUGCGGAAAAGGGGCUGAUGAAAGGGUGGAAUGCGUGGUUGCGGAGCGUAGCAGGGAAGUUUAUCACCCCAGGUCAGCGUGCGGAUAUGCGCUUGAAUGAUACCUUUAAUCGGUAG